UGGCUUUCUAAGUAGCGCGCAUCGAUUAGGAAGAUCCAAGUUCACGAUUUUGCUUUUUUGCAGUACAUGGUCUUCCGAAAUUGUCAACUCUAUUAAGAUAUACUGACAGCAUUUUUCUAACGCGUGGUAGUUCUAUUUUAGCAAUUGCGUUUAUCUGCUCUUCAAGGACAGUCACUACGAAAUUAGAGCAAAAUCAAAUGACUUAAGCGUUCUAGAGGCAGAUGCGGUUUGAUUUCAUUGUACUUACUGUAUCCAUUGUUAACUUCCGGUUAUUAAUAAAACCUGUACUAAUAAUAUGAUGGACGGACCACUUAUCUACCUGGCAAUGGAUAAUGCAAAAUUAAUCAUUAAUAUAUUAAAGGCAGUGCACUUCCGCGAUCUUGCCACAAUAUUUGCCACAAAUAAUGGUAUUAAGGUGACAGUAGAGGACUCAAAAUGCAUUCAAGGAAACGCUUUUCUGCAUUCAGCGCUUUUCCGUGAAUACUCUGUAAAGAAGGAUAUAGUAUCGUUUAGGACAAACCUUGGUGUACUUGUUGAUUGCCUUUCUAUUUUUGGGACUUCAGUUCAAGGACCACCAAUUUCAUUCAUUUUAUCUUAUAAAACUCACGGGAGUGCUUUAAACAUUCUACUAGAAGAAAAUGGAGUUGUGGCAGAAUGCAGCAUUAAAACUAUGGAGGCGUUUGAAAUAUUGGACUUUGAUUUUUCAAGCAGUAAUAUCUCAGAUAAAUUCAUAAUGAAGUCAGAAUGUAUGCGUGAAGCGUUCAGCGAACUUGAUACUUCAAGCGAAAUCUUGGAAGUUGCUGUAAUACCACCUCCAGCUGUUCAGUCUCGUCUUCGUUUAACGACGUAUGGUUUCGCUGGGACUAUGCAUUUUGACUUACCUCGGUCAUCUGACCAAGUGGAAGUUUUUGAAUCUGCAGCUGCAAGUCCUCGGAUAGCUCGAUUUCGUCUUUCUCUUCUACGACUUGCAACAAGCCGAGCACUGUCAAUGGCUAGCCGUAUUUCGCUGCGUAUCAAUGACCGGGGUUUCCUGUCGAUCCAGUACAUGAUAAAUCUUUCAGACGGUGAAGUUGCAUUUGUCGAGUUUUUCUGUGUUCCAGAUGUAGAUGAAACAGAUCAUUCAGAAUCUCAGGCAAGCACGAAUAGUCCACAGAAAUCUAGUAAGAUAUCUCAUUUUGCAUCAACGUCGAAGUGUCCAGCAAACACAAUAGAUCCCGAUUGGAGUGAUUAAGGAACUUAGUUUUCAGUUGGAUUUUAAAAUGUAACCAAACAGCUUUACAAAUUCAGAUAAAAAAACCUUACUUUUUGUAUGCCUUUUUAAAUACGUACUGUAAAUAGUAGAUAUUCUGCUACACUCUAUCUUAAGACUUGAUCAUUUACUCAGAGGAAGAAAAGUUCUUUUCGAAACUCCUUGUCAGUAUUUGUACGACCUUGUGUCUUCUUUAAUAAAAUCAAAUUCUUGGACUUAUAGUUUUCAACUUAAUCAGAUGAAAGAUUAGCUUUUUCCAUGGGUGCUAUCAUUUUUAUUUCCACAUAUAAUCAAGUAUUCUAAAAUAUAUUACAAGGAAAAGUUAUAUAAACAAAUCCCUUCUCUUGAUUAUUAUAGAGAGUAAGCUAGUUUUAUCAGUAAAUGGUUGUUUACAUUAUAUCGGGUUGUUCGUAGUCUCUUUUAAAUUAGUGUUUGUUCAUUGUCCAACUUUUAAACGGAAAGUUGUCAUUGUAGAAAGUGAUUAGGUUUUUAUUAGUUAACCGUACAAAUAAAUUUUACUUAUUGAGCUUCCUCAACUGAUGGUGUGAUUGAUCGAACUUUUUUUUUAUUAUUGUCAGCAUUAUAAUUUGUGGAAUGUUAAAAUUUGUUAUUAAAGAAAGGUCUUGGUUUAACAUUCGGAAAUAGCCGAGUGUUUAAAGUCGGUGGAAGCAGCGGUCUAGUGUGUUCUAGUUCUCAAUACUUUUCGGGCUUACAUUUGUGUGUGAUAAUGUUAAAAUCAUCUCGCUUAAUUGUUUGGUUGAGUAAUUUUGCUUUAAAUUAAGAAUUCUCUUGAAUCAAGGAUAGAUGGACAUCAUUACUUCCACUAGCCGGUUGCUUGCCGGGAAGAAUAGUACUUAUGAAAUAAGCAAUUGGUUUUCAACCCAUUGUUUGAGUUUAUUUCUACGCUAAUUAACAAAAAGACUACAGUGGUAGACCUCAUGAUGUUCCAGUCCAUAAUAAACACACUGGAUUUUAAGUGAUGGAAAUUAAGAAUUGCACUGGUUAAGAAUAAGAUGUCAGUCAGUUACAACGUAGGACCAGACACAUAUAUGCAUCGGUCCAAGUU